AUGUCGUUCCACGACCUACCCGCCGAACUCCGCAACAUGAUUAUGCAGGAAUUGGCUUGCCAGGGUCAUCUCAAGUCCUUAUCAUCAUUUUCUCUCACGUGCCUGUCAUUGUAUCACGCAGGAAAUCCCCUUCUCUAUGAAUGGAAUAUCGAGCAUCAAGAGUGUUCUGGAUUCAACUGGGCUAUCUCCAACGAUCACGUUGAUGCACUGAAGAAGUUUCUGCAAUGCGGAGCAACAGCCAGUGGUUUACUUACUUACAGCAACCCUUUAGGACAUGACCAACGUUUAACUCCCCUAUGGCUAGCGGCAAAGUACGGAUCUAUCGAGGUUGUGCGUCACUUCUUUACUCUCCCAGACGUUGAUUGGAAUUGGACGAAUGACGUUGAUCAGACGCCAUUACACAUUGCGAUAGUAUCAGAGCAUAGCGAGGUGGCUUUGUUGCUUCUUACUCAUCCAGAGGUUCUGAUAGAUACCGAAGAUGGAGGAGGAUGGACGCCACUCGCUUGCGCUGUUUCAGAGGGAGAUGAAGCAGUAGUUGAACACCUGCUCUCCAUUGACUCAGUCCGCCCAGACCACCGAACAUCCACUGGCAAUUCGCCGCUCUGGAUUGCGGCGGAUUGGAGCCGAAGCAUAAAGAUCGUGAAGCUCCUGCUCGAUACCGGAAGGGUUAACGUUAAUCUUGUUACUUUCGUUAAACCCUCGACGCCGUUAAUCGCUGCCAUAAAGGCCAACCGACCGGACAUCGUUGAGCUUCUUGUUGAGCAUCCUGACAUCGAUGUCAAUCUUACAUCGGAUGGUAGUUCGACACCUAUCGGUAUUGCAGCUGAGAUGGGCAACUUGAAGAUAGUGAAGAUGCUGCUUCAACACCCAGAUAUUGACCCUGACAGAACAAAAACUCCUGAGCAAGCGCCCAUCCUUCUCGCGGCAGAGAAACACCAAAGGGAAGUUGUUUCCAUGUUGCUUGCUGACGGCAGAGUAGGACAGGAAAGUCGACGAUUGUUGGCAGAACUGUAA